UUGGCUGGGCGUCCUGUCAAUCACACCUCGGUCCCCAGAGAAUCCGCCUCAGCAACGCCAUCAUCUGUUACACUCGGCGACAGGAGCAGCCUGAGCCGUCAGGGCCAAUGUUGUUAUUUUCAUAAUUCACCGAGAUUUUAUUUAUAGAAAAAGCUGUCUGCAAAUGACCUAUUUUCGAUUCUCUCUUUGCGGUGAAAUACAAAACACUUCAGGCGACCCCUCUCUUGGCAAAGGAGCAAAUCGUAGAUGUUUUCACAUCAUCUUUAAUUGAAUGGAAUGCGAAUACUCCACUGUGGUAGCCCAGUGCUUGCCUUGUGGAUCCUAUGUAGUGAAUGGGUGCCAUUAGAAUUGGAGUCCAAACACAUCACAAUAAUCCACAAGUAAGAAGUUUAAGAUGUUUUUACCUUAAAUCCACUGCUUCUGGCUAAGAUACUGUACGAGUCCACUAUCCAUAAUAUUGCUUUCUCCAGUGAAAAAGUCAUCUUGUCUGAAUCAGGAGAGAAAUAUGCACAGAUCAAGAGAGCAAAACAGAGCAAAACAGUUCUAAACAAAUUUGUCUGUGGAUUUUGAUGUGAGAAGACAAAAGAGGAUACUUUUUUUUUUUUUUUUUGACUAGUGUAAAUGUUAUUAUGGUUUAAAGUUAAUGUUUGAAGUUGAUGGUUUUAUUUCUUAGUAACACAGCUUUUCACUUCACAAGACAUUCAUUAAUAGACUGGAGUGGUGUGGAGUAUUGUGAUGUUUUUAUCAGUUGUUUGGACUCUCGUUCUGACGGCACCCAUUCACUGCAGAGGAUCCAUUGUUGAGCUAGUGACGUAAUGCAGAUUUCUCCAAAUCUGUUCUGAUGAAGAAACAAACUCAUCUACAUCUUGGAUGGCCUGGGGAAUAUAGAUAAUGGGCUGUGUGCAAUGCAAGGACAAAGAGGCAACCAAACUCACAGACGACAGAGAAACUAGCGUCUCACAGCAUGCAGGAUAUCGAUAUGGGGCUGAUCCGACACCUCAGCACUACCCCAGCUUUGGAGUCACCACUAUACCCAACUACAACAACUUCCAUGCACCUGUCAGUCAAGGAGUAACUGUGUUCGGUGGAGUGAACUCUUCUUCGCACUCUGGAACACUACGAUCCCGGGGUGGAACAGGAGUAACACUCUUUGUAGCACUUUAUGAUUAUGAAGCAAGGUCAGAGGAUGACCUUAGCUUCAGGAAAGGGGAAAAGUUCCAGAUUCUAAAUAGCACGGAAGGAGACUGGUGGGAGGCGCGCUCUCUCACUACAGGUGGAACAGGAUACAUACCCAGUAAUUAUGUGGCUCCAGUAGACUCCAUACAGGCAGAAGAUUGGUAUUUUGGAAAACUUGGCCGUAAAGAUGCAGAACGGCAACUCUUGUCAAAUGGAAAUCCCAGAGGCACUUUCCUUAUAAGGGAGAGUGAGACCACAAAAGGAGCAUAUUCGUUGUCCAUACAGGACUGGGAUGAAACUAAAGGCGACCAUGUGAAGCACUACAAGAUCCGCAAAUUGGACAAUGGAGGAUAUUACAUCACCACUAGAGCUCAAUUUGAAACUCUGCAGCAGCUUGUGCACCAUUAUUCUGCCCGGGCUGCAGGACUUUGUUGCCGUUUAAUAGUCCCGUGCCAUAAAGGCAUGCCCCGCCUUGCUGACCUGUCUGUCAAAACCAAAGAUGUAUGGGAGAUCCCACGGGAGUCACUUCAGCUCAUCAAACGAUUGGGGAAUGGACAGUUCGGAGAGGUCUGGAUGGGCACUUGGAAUGGCAAUACUAAAGUGGCAGUGAAGACCUUGAAACCAGGCACAAUGUCCCCAGAGUCGUUCCUGGAGGAGGCUCAGAUAAUGAAGAAACUGAGGCAUGACAAGCUAGUGCAGCUUUAUGCGGUCGUCUCUGAAGAACCCAUCUACAUUGUGACAGAAUAUAUGAGCAAAGGAAGUCUGCUGGAUUUCUUGAAGGAUGGUGAAGGACGUGGCCUUAAAUUGCCAAAUUUAGUGGACAUGGCCGCUCAGGUUGCUGCAGGCAUGGCUUACAUUGAAAGGAUGAACUACAUCCACAGAGAUCUGCGGUCUGCCAAUAUACUUGUUGGUGACAGCUUAGUGUGCAAAAUUGCAGAUUUUGGACUUGCCAGACUAAUAGAGGACAAUGAAUACACAGCACGACAAGGUGCCAAAUUCCCAAUCAAGUGGACGGCUCCAGAGGCAGCACUCUACGGAAGGUUUACCAUCAAGUCAGAUGUGUGGUCAUUUGGAAUACUCCUCACAGAGCUGGUCACCAAAGGACGUGUGCCCUAUCCAGGCAUGAACAACCGAGAAGUCUUGGAGCAAGUCGAGCGUGGUUACAGGAUGCCCUGCCCCCAGGACUGUCCCAGCUCCCUGCACGAGCUCAUGCUCCAAUGCUGGAAGAGGGACCCCGAGGAGCGGCCCACCUUUGAGUAUCUACAAGCCUUCCUGGAGGAUUACUUCACUGCCACUGAACCACAAUACCAACCCGGGGACAACCUCUAAACACGGAGCUCCUGCAGAGUACAGAGUAUGCCACAACAGACUGCCCUUCAAAAGACUGAUCGAAAGAGCGUUUGAUGAGAAAAGCUUCCAAGUUUUGUGCCAUCUCGACUCAAUAUCUGACACAAUUCAUCUUCCAUUGAAAAAAGGACAUGCCGUCGCAUUAUAUCUGUCAGUAAAGCCAAAAAUAGUGUUCUGGAGAGACAUCAGUCACGAAUAAUGAUAAGAAUGGCUUGUUUGUAUGUAGUGUAAAUAGUGUGUUUAGUUUUCCCUCGUAUUCGGCUUGUUUUAUUACUUUUUAUAAUGCUGUUUUGCGUUCUUAUCCAGGCCGAGAAAGUCGACGCUGUGAGGAAAGCAUGGUCAACAGAGGCGGCAUCAACCGUUUUAAAGAUUUACAAUGAUGCUGGAAAUCAUUCCUAGACACUUCCAGUAGGAUGUUGACCAGCCUCUUUUAAAUAUUAAAGGAAAUCUGUCAAUUGUAUAUUAAAUUAAAAUUAUGUGUCAAAACACUCCCUUUUAGCCGAGACAUACAGCAGUGCAUAGGUAGCAUUUCUGACACAUUGUGACUUUCACAGAAGGUAAUGAUGUCUGCACUGGUUUUAGUGAUUUUGCUGGGCCUAAUUAUUUUGCACCUGCUUUUAGCAAGCGCUCAAUGUCUCUCUUUUGUUUUCUGCUUCUUAGAAUGAGUGCAUUUUCUAUUUAGUCACUUUGAAUUAACAAUAGAGCAAUGUAUGUAUCAGAAUAGUACGAGACCAAGUGGGCAUUAUGCUUGACCAUACUUGCAUCUUUCCUGCAAAUAAGAUAAAAUGACUGCUAACAUCCUUACUGUUGUGAGAGAAAAUAAAACGAGUCCAUUAAAUGUAUCUCACAAUAUCAUGCAUUAUAAAAUAACACGACUAAAUGCGUAGAGAAAUAUUAUGAAAUGGUAGAACUUCACUCAAGAUAACUCAUUGCUGGUCUGCCUUGUUUUUUGCCCCUCAUUUUGUCCUUCAUGAUAAAAUGACAUGUCUGAAUAUUCAUUA